UUAGUUUUAAAGACUCGAUUCGCUAUGGAGUGUCAGACGUGUCCAUAAUAAAUACAAAUUCUGUUUUAGUUAUUAAAUAAUGCUUUCAACAAUUUUGUAAUUGUUCCACUACAAUUUUCGAUUAUGUUAAUUUCGUGUGGUAUUUUGUUUUAUCCAAAUUCACCGCUGAAAUAUGGAGGAGGAUCUUAAUGAGAAUGAGCUAAAGGAACGAUUUUAUUCUAUGCGAUAUAAAGGCAAUGAGACGGCCAAUUUGACCACUAACCUUAAGGAUGAUAACUUCGUGGUCAAGCGGCCCCAAACUAACAUACGUCGGUGUUGGCACACGAACGAUGAUCACACGUUACAAAAGGUUAACCGAGCAAAACAACACAAUCUUUCCACAAAUGAACCACUUACACCGGAAAAUAUAAAAUCUAAGGGAGAAAAAUGUAACGUGAAUCCGCUAGCUGCCGAUUUAUCAAUAUUUCAAUCUCCCGUACCGCAAUACGUAAAGAGAAGCAUAGAAAUAAUAGAAAACGAUGGACCUAUGAAUAUUGUGGAAUUGCAAUCAAGUGAUGAGGAUGAAGUUAUUGAGGUUAAAUUACCACCAAAACCAACCAUUACUAUUGAGAGUUCAGAUGAAGAUGAAAUUUCAGAAGUUUCAAACACUACUAAAGUCAAUGAGAAAAACGAUAAAGUAACACCUGAUAAAAAAACAAAUAGGAGUGAUAGAGAUGUUUCAGCGAGUCCCGUUCCAUCCAUUGUGUCAUCAGUUUCCGAUGAGUUUAUCCGCAGCGAUUGCAUCGCUCUUAACAUAUCCUCCAAACAUCCAAACAAGCAAAGCUUCGACUUUAGUCUCCAUGGCUCUGAUAUAAUAGACCAAAGCUCUCCCCCUAAGAGAAAAAAAAAGAAGAAAAACAAGGAUGCCACAACAUCUACACCUAUAACAACAUCCCCUGCUACACCUGUAGCUAAAGAAGGUGAAUACUUUGCAACACCAAAAAGUAAAGCAAAGAAUAAACGACAGAAAACUAAAAACUAUUCAGUAUCAGAGAAGAGUAUUCCAAAUGCGGAUGUAUAUGAUUCAGACAGCAAUCAAUCUUGUAACGGAGUUGAGAAAACUAACACAACUUAUGCAUUCAUAGAUAGAAGUUUUUCCCAUGCCGAUGUUUACGAAUCGGAUUCAAACAUAUCUGAGAAGACGAGUCCUGUCAAAAUAAAUGAAAAACCUGCAGAAGAAAAUAUCUGUACAUCGUCAGAUGACAAUGUUAGUUCUGAGAAUCAUACGGAAGAACAGGCUGCGGAGGUUAUCCCACAUGAUGAAACUGUAGAACAAUGUCAAUCAACAAUAGACUUAACAGAUACAUUAGAUGAAACUAUAAUUGACGAGAACAUUGUCAUGGCAAAUGUCACCGGUUUCCAGGAGAAACCAGAUGUAGAACAUGUGGAUAAAAUCCAAAACGAUGCAAUGAAAUUUGGUUCGACAAAAGUACCAGCGAUUCUAUACGAAGAUCUCGAUUUCGAUAAUCUGAAAGGUAAAGAGAGAGUGUGUAAGAAAAGACGAUAUUCCGUGACAACUUUACGAGCAGAAAUGGAGAAAUUUUACAAUGAAAGCUGGGGCGGGGAGAAUUUUAAUCACCGAGAAAUACAGAAAAACAUGUCCCGUGACAAAAGUUUGUGGGUUAUAGACCCCAAGGAUAGAAUGCCCGGACUGUCUAGAAGGAAACCAACUUGUAACUACUGCAACCGCACUGGGCACCGCGACGACACAUGCCGGUUAAAGCCACCUGUCUGUCACAUGUGCGGCUACACCGGACACUACGAGACGCGCUGUCCUAGGAAGAUUUGUGUCAAUUGUGGAUCUCCAAAUCACGUGUAUACUACGAUGUGCCGGAACUGCUCAAACUGGAAUAAUGUAAGGUGCCCCGAGUGUGGACAGAUUGGCCACCCGGCCAGCCACUGCCCUGACUUGUGGCGACGUUACCAUAACACGAUCACUUGUAAUACACCAUUAGAGGAGAAUCGGCAUAUGAAGAGUCGAUAUCAAUUGUACUGCAGUGGCUGUGCCCGAAAAGGACAUCUCAUACACACCUGCAGAGUGUCGUUACCUUUUUCAGGUCUACCCAUCAAUUCUCCAUAUGUAUCCUUGUAUAGUCCCGUGUGGAAUGAUAAACAAAACGAAACACAACAAAGGAAUCGACCUCUUAUCCGUUAUUUUACACAAGACACACCAACUCCGGUUGAAUCUCUGUCAAACAAAAAUGACAGGAACAAACGACUGUCAAAUUCACCGGUUUGUCACGAAGGCCAUACGAAUAAGAAACGACACAUGUCAAAUUGUGAAGAGGUUGACACAAAUAGAAAUACAAACAGUCCUAUGAGCAAUAACACUAGUGGAAGAAAAACUCCGCAAAAUAAAGAUCAGUGUGAAGAUGCAACCAAAGUGGUUAAAGAUAAAAUAACUGAUGUAGAACCGCCUAAAACGAAUGCUGUUGAAAAACAACCAGAUUCCAUUACAAUUUCUUCAUCAAAUCGUGAUAAAAAGGGACAAAUGAUACAAGACAAUGAAGUUUCAGACACAAGUGACAUUGUCACCACUGCGAGGAUAUAUGUAACCAAUGAAGUUAUAGAAAAACUUAAGACAAAAGAUGGAGAGGAACAGUUAAAGAAAUUUACAGACACUAAUAAUGUAACUGUACAAAAAACAGAUUCCAAUACAUUUAUAAGUAUUUUAGGGAAAGUCGCUGAUCAAGAAGCUUUUCAAUCCAAUCUUAGAGAAUGGAUCCAAAGUCAAGAAAAUAGUGAUAAGUUAAAAUCUAACAAUGAGAUAAAUUUAAAAUAUGUCGAAAAUGAUCCCGAAAACGUCCUGUGCGACAAUAUACCACGCAACAGAUACAAUCUUAUAAGAAAAAUAAGCAAAGCUUUGGAUUCGCUGAACGAAGAUUUAGGUGAUCCAAAAGACAUCUAUAAAGAGUUCACUUAUCUACAAAACCAUCACGAACAACUUCUUAAACAGAAGCAAAUAAGCCCAAAACAGUUGUCCAAUAAUCGGGACAAACUUAAUGAUGUAAUUAAAAAGCUCAAUAUGAUUCUUAUUGGACAAGCUGGCCUUGCCAAUGGAUGCAACCAUUUAAGAGAAUUACAUACUCUUAAAGAAAAAUUAACCAGUUUUAGACAAAAAUAUAUACCGACAAAGAUGCGGUCUGAAAUUGGUGAACAUUUUCAUUAUGUGUUUACUGCUUUGCCCAGAGAAGACUAUCUCGACCUGUUGAAUAAAUAUUAUACUAUAAGAAAGAAGCUAAUAACAUUAAAAAAGAAGAAUGAUAAAUCUAAGAAACUUGGUCCGGCAAUAGUGAGGAAAAAGUUGAAUAGAAAUUGGCAGAAGAAAAGUACUAAAGUGGAUGUGAAUGAAGCUGAUCAAGGGAAGGGCAAAAAGAGUGUGGAUCAGACAAUGAAUAAAUUAGUAUUUUACCACAGACGACUUAUGUGCGCUAAGCCACAUGAUAAUGUUCUCGCCAAGACAAGAGUCGAGUUGGUGAACAAGCUCAGUUCACACAUCUCGUCGUUGGGACAAGAUUGUAAUAAGUCUCCGAAAUCCUUGAGGAAAAUGAAGAAGAGGAUGAGGGUAACGCAAGAGCAAGCGCAGUUGUUCUUGACGAAUGUCUGAUGACUCUCUUGCACAAAGUCUGGCGCAGGAGGAAUAGUGCUAAGGAUAAUGCGCCGUAUACUGGAACAGUAAGGCAAAUGUGCGACCCCGUUAACAAAUGGGUUUAUUUAUAUAAUGUCACUUUUCCGUUCAGGUGUAAUGGCACUUUUAUUGUGCGUGUCAAAUAAACUUAUUAGUUAAUGGAUA